AUGUUCCUCCAGACAGACUCCAAGGUUACAGAAAACAGAGUAAUCCAGAUGUCCAGGAAAAUCUGCCCCACUUCAGUUGUUGGCUGUCAUAUUCCUGUUCUGUCUUGUUUGCUCUAUGGAAACUUAAUCUCUCAGCCAAUAUGACUAAUGAUUAAUGUUACUGUGUAAACAAUGCACUAUUGUUAACCAUUGCAUAGGUUACACAACAUAAAAUAUUACCUUUAACAUGGAGACACAAAGAUAGGGACAGAUGUUGCAUUUUUUUUGGUGAGCUACAGCUGUAAUUAUCUUAAUUUGAUCACCCUGUUGCAGUAUAACUUUCCUGCAACCCAGAAAAUUGAAAACGUUUAGUGUAUUUGAGGUUUAAAAAGGCUUUUAAAGUUUGUAAUGUCCACUUUGAAAUUUCAGACGUGAUUUUCCGUUAUGAAAAAUGCAUCAACGCCUACAAAAAUGUCCUUUAAUUAUAAUCCACAUAAUUAUUCACAUGUACUGUUGCUGCAGGAUUAUUUUCCUGCUGUAGGAAACUGGCUCAAAAUAAGAUCCUACAUCUGUACACACACUAUGGUGCUUAUGAUGAUUGUUCAAUCAUUGUGUCAAUCAAUGUGUUCAAACCGGCCCCUAUUCAAAUAAACCAUGAAUCAAAUAUACACAAAAUCGGAAGUGGUUCCAUGAUUUAUCUUCCAUUAACCCCAAACUGUUUGUUGUGUGUUCAGGAGAAUGGGAAGAACCGCCUGCAGCAGGCCCAGGAGGAGGUGGAAGAGGUGAAGGUGAUCAUGCUAGAUAAUCUCUACAAGGCUGACGAGAGGUCAGGCAAGCUGGGAGAACUGGAGAACAGGGCCGAUGAACUUUUGGAGAAGGUGAUUGUUCUAAGUUUAUGGCUGUGUCCCAAAUGGCGCCUUAUUCCCAGAGAGCUCUGGUGAAAAAUAGUGCUCUAUAUCGGGAAUAAGGUGCCAUUUGGGAUGUACCCUAUAAUAAGAGACGUCUUUAAUGGAACCAAAUCAUGACAAUACAAAACAUUAUUAAUUUGAAGAUACUGACUUUGCAGGUCUUACUUUGAUGAUUCCAAUGCUAUCAUACUGGUAACAUUCAAGGUGCAUUUCAGAGAGACACAAAUAGCACAAUAGGGUUCUCCUUUGGAAUUCUCCGGCUUUGGUGUCUCAUGGAAGUGUUUUCCAAUGUUCCACGGUUCAAUACGAGUCCAGGGAAUAGGCAGGAAAUGUCAUAUUGGUGUCUAGAAAUACACUUUAGUUGGAGUUGGAGGGGGAAAAUAAUGUACAAUUUACAUCCUGAUUGUGGUUUAAGGUGAUAUUUUUAGAAAGGUAUUUCCUAUUGUUGUAAGAUGAAUGAAACCCACUGGUCUCCCUCAGUAUAGAGAGAGGGGUGUCCAGGACGUGCCACAGGGUGCAUGUCCGUCCUGGUCCAUCCUGGGGUCAACCAACCAGGUCACAGCUUUCCCACAUUUCUCCCCAGCCAGGCCGUUACAUCACAACAACCACAUAGUUCUCUGAGGACUCGCUAGGUUGCUGACUAGGGUUGCAUCCCAAAUGGCACCCUAUUCCCUAUAUAGUGUACUACUUUUGACUAGGGCCCACAGGGCUCUGGUCAAACGUAGUGCACUAUAUAGGGAAUAGGGUGCAAUGUGGGACACAGCCAUAGUUCUCUGAGGACUGGCUGGCUGACUGGGUUACUGAGAAAAACAAAACAGCAGUGUUAAGAAAAACAAAAACACCAGUCUAGAUUCAUUGGAAGAUCAUUGGGAAAGUAGCGUGCACUGUAACUAAAGCCUUCUGUCUAUUGAAUUGUCAGAAAAUGGCAAGUUUCAUGACAGAAUAGUUUCUUUCUGGAUUUUUAAAUAUGUACAAUGCAGUGCAGCCUCAAUUGCAGAGAUAAAGUAGAUCCCCCCUCCUCCAUAUUCUGACAGAUAUACAGUGGGGAGAACAAGUAUUUGAUACACUGACGAUUUUGCAGGUGUUCCUACUUACAAAGCAUGUAGAGGUUUGUAAUUUUUAUCAUAGGUACACUUCAACUUUGAGAGACGGAAUCUAAAACAAAAAUCACAUUGUAUGAUUUUUAAGUAAUUAAUUUGCUUUUUAUUGCAUGACAUAAGUAUUUGAUACAUCAGAAAAGCAGAACUUAAUAUUUGGUACAGAAACCUUUGUUUGCAAUUACAGAGAUCAUAUGUUUCCUGUAGGUCUUGACCAGGUUUGCACACACUGCAGCAGGGAUUUUGGCCCACUCCUCCAUACAGACCUUCUCCAGAUCCUUCAGGUUUCGGGGCUGUCGCUGGGCAAUACGGACAUUCAGCUCCCUCCAAAGAUUUUCUAUUGGGUUCAGGUCUGGAGACUGGCUAGGCCACUCCAGGACCUUGAGAUGCUUCUUACGGAGCCACUCCUUAGUUACCCUGGCUCUGUAUUUCAGGUUAUUGUCAUGCUGGAAGACCCAGCCACGACCCAUCUUCAAUGCUCUUACUGAGGGAAGGAGGUUGUUGGCCAAGAUCUCGCGAUACAUGGCCCCUUCCAUCCUCCCCUCAAUACGGUGCAGUCGUCCUGUCCCCUUUGCAGAAAAGCAUCCCCAAAUAAUGAUGUUUCCAUCUCCAUGCUUCACUGUUGGGAUGGUGUUCUUGGGGUUUUACUCAUCCUUCUUCUUCCUCCAAACACAGCGAGUGGAGUUUAGACCAAAAAGCUACAUUUUUGUCUCAUCAGACCACAUUACCUUCUCCCAUUCCUCCUCUGGAUCAUCCAGAUGGUCAUUGGCAAACUUCAGACGGGCCUGGACAUGCGCUGGCUUGAGCAGGGUGACCUUGCGUGCGCUGCAGGAUUUUAAUCCAUGACGGCGUAGUGUGUUACUAAUGGUUUUCUUUGAGACUGUGGUCCCAGCUCUCUUCAGGUCAUUGACCAGGUCCUGCCAUGUAGUUCUGGGCUGAUCCCUCACCUUCCUCAUGAUCAUUGAUGCCCCAACGAGGUGAGAUCUUGCAUGGAGCCCCAGACCGAGGGUGAUUGACCGUCAUCUUGAACUUCUUCCAUUUUCAAAUAAUUGCGCCAACAGUUGUUGCCUUCUCACCAAGCUGCUUGCCUAUUGUCCUGUAGCCCAUCCCAGCCUUGUGCAGGUCUACAAUUGUAUCCCUGAUGUCCUUACACAGCUCUCUGGUCUUGGCCAUUGUGGAGAGGUUGGACUCUGUUUGAUUGAGUGUGUGGACAGGUGUAUUUUAUACAGGUAACGAGUUCAAACAGGUGCAGUUAAUACAGGUAAUGAGUGGAGAACAGGAGGGCUUCUUAAAUAAAAACUAACAGGUCUGUGAGAGCCGGAAUUCUUACUGGUUGGUAGGUGAUCAAAUACUUAUGUCAUGCAAUAAAAUGCAAAUUAAUUACUUAAAAAUCAUACAAUGUGAUUUUCUGGAUUUUUGUUUUAGAUUCCGUCUCUCACAGUUGAAGUGUACCUAUGAUACAAAUUACAGACCUCUACAUGCUUUGUAAGUAGGAAAACCUGCAAAAUCGGCAGUGUAUCAAAUACUUGUUCUCCCCACUGUAGAUGCAUAGGGUCUUGGUAUUAACAUCCUUCUAACUUGAUAUUAACAUCUUAUAAUUAUGUGUUUUCAGAGUAAGGCUUUCUCAAAGUCUGCUGGGAAAGUGAAACAACAGAAAUGGUGGGAACACAUGAAAAUUAAAGUGUUGCUGACUGGUAUAGGGGUCAUCGUGGCAGCCAUCAUCAUUGGGAUUAUUGUAUGGUCAGCGUCUGGAUCUGACGACCGCAGCUCAAACAACAGCUCCACUGCUGUAGAGCAACCCACCCCAGGGCCUUAG